AAUGUAAAUUCAAAAAAUCAAAAUGUCUAGUCAAGCUCCAGCUCCGGGGAUCGGAGGAGAGCCUGAAGCUCCUGAGGGACCAGGGGGUAGUGGUCCAAGUGGUCCAGGGGGUAGUGGUCCAGGAGGAGGUGUUCUAAAUGGGUCGGGAGGUAGUGGACCAGGCGAAGCCAAGAUCAAGAAGAAGAGAGCCCCCGCCCCCCUGGUUCUCAGUUGUAGUGUUUGUGGUGCCCCUGCACCAGAACAUUUACAUUUCGGAGGACAUUGUUGCUACUCUUGUCGGGCAUUCUUCCGGCGCACAGCGCUUCGGCACAAAGAUCCAGAACUACUGAGGUGCAGGGCAGGGACUAAGGAUUGUUUGAUUGAUGAGCAGCACAAGGACUGCAUGUCCUGCAGGUUCAACAAGUGUCUCAGUGUUGGAAUGACCGUCAAGUUGAUGCAGGGAAAACGGAAACUAAAUAUUUUGGACUCGGAGGAUUCUAACUCUAGUAUUCAUGAACCUGAGGCUGAAGAGGCUAAAGGCGAUUUUGAUAUGGAGCUAUAUGAACCCGAAUCAAAACAUGAACCUCAUCUAACAGUUGAAGAAGUUCCUCCUUUCGAGAGUAAACCUGUCAAAGAGCCCCAGGAUCUCUACGAGACCCCAUCAUUUUCGUCAGCAGCUAAAUCUCUAUGUUCUGCACCUUGCAUUCCCGCAUUUCCAACUCAGUUUUUCCCGCCAAAUCCACCUAGGCUUGACCCGGCCUUGAAACCUAAUCCACCAAAUCGGGAACCAAAUUUUAAACUAAAUCCGCCAAUGCUCGAACCUAGCUAUAGCAAACCAUCCCUGCUAGAUCCGAGCUAUAAACUGAAUCCGCCCCGAUUAGAGCCAAAUAAUAAAUUAAACCAAAACCUGAUGGAUCCAAGUUACAAACUACAUAUCGUCGCUAAACCUUCCACCAACAUCAACUUCUCUGAGGCUAUGGACUCCUAUAACCAGACGAUUCCCAUGGAUCAACCAUCCAUGAGAUUUCAACACGCUCAACAAAGAUCGGACCAGAACUCUCAACAACGGAAUUGUAGUGUGUUUAACAAGCCCUAUACUAUUGUACGACCGAUGUGCCCUGAAGCUCAAUCUACUGGGGCUCCAAGGCAGGAACAGAGAGGAUCGGUCAUCUCCUUUGCCUCCUCACAAGCCGCCGACGCGAAGCGUAAAAAAUCCUCAGGUGCUGAAUACAUGUCGGAGAGCCGUAUCUCUGUGCUCAGAAAUCCUAAUCCUUCGCCAAUCUUAAGUAAUCUCACUAAAGACGGUGGUGCCAACACUCCUAAUGUCACAUCUGUCAUUCGAACCUUUGGAAAUACUAGUGGUGGGAGAAACUGUGUUGAAAGGCCCAGCGUAUCUGUUUCUGCGGAUAUGGAACUGACCGGCUCAGCUGAGAAACAAAUGAACUUCCUGAAAUGGAGUACAGAUGAACUGUUUGCCCUUCAACAACAAGCUGAACUUAACACUCAUCUGAACAUGCUGAAACGCGGAGUUGAUGGACAAAGUUUUCAAAAUUUUGACCCAACAUCUAGAUAUAGAUUCCACAGACCUGACACCAUUCUACCAAGGUCUGACUUGGGUAUGUUCUGUUUUCCACCCAAUCCACCAAAUAUCUAUCCUGAUCACCCCUAUACACACCUCUACCGAGCACAGCAGAUAUAUAGAGCUCAAGCUCAAUAUUUUGCUGAAAAUCGGUCUUUUGACACAACAGCGGGACAGGGUCAUCCCCUCGGUAACCUUCCUAAUCUUCCUUUUCCAGAGAAACACAACCGAUUGGCGUCUAAACGUGGUAAACUAGAACAGUUCAAAACGGUCCAAUCAAGUUGUAUGAAAUCUCCGCCAAAGAAUGUCCGAAUGGAACCUGUUGAUCAAAUAUUUGCCGAGAAUGGGGACAUUAAUUUCAGGCCUGGGUAUUUUAAUGAAAUUUCGGACCAUGCUCAAUUUCCUGACUAUCCUAAUGUGAACCAUGAGCUCAAUGCGGUGAAAGUUCCAACCUUGGCGGGUGCUUCUACCAACUAUGUUUCCUCCUCUUAUUAUGUUCCUAUCGAUGCUAGUGUCUCAUUUCAAUCUGGGUUGGACGUCGACAGUUUUCCUUCAGUGACCGGUAUUCAGAACCCUUCGAUGAUCCCACAAGUUCAAAAAGAUUCUCCACAAAGAGUUCGAGAAUAUCUUCAAAGUCUCAAUCAAAGUCCUAUUUCAGAAGAGGAAGAAGAAAAAGGAGAUUGGAAAGUAGAACAGAAAAUCAAGACUUAUUCAUUUACGCCAGAACUUGACACAACGCAAACUCUAAACAAUAUUGCUGAGACCAUCUUUGCAUCCGGUCAGAGUGUUCCACAGGUUGAUCAUGAGCUAUUGAACUCCGACCUAUUCCGAACUGCUGAGGAUUUGAUUAGUAAAUCUUUCUUCUCCCACUUCGUAGAUACUAUCGCUACAAGGUUACCUUUUAUUCCUGAUGAGGUUAAAAUAGAGCCUCCGUCGGAGGAAGAUGUCAAAGUUCGAGAGGAGCCUCCGAAAGAAUCUCCGGUAGAACCUGAACCUUCAUCCUCCAGUAGCAGUUCUUCCAUCUUUCAUCUCCAACCAAAUUUAAAGUUCACAGUGGAGGAGUUGAAGCUGUUGGACGAGAUGAAGGAGGUUCAUAACAAUGCUAUGAAUUGUGUUGUUAGAUUAGGAACUAAUAAGUUGAUGGUGGACACUAUGCUGGGGGUUCUCACCAGGAUGAACCUCUUUAAAACCUUGUCUGCAGGGAAAGGGCUGCAAACUUACAACUUUAUGAAAGUCUGUAAGGGACUGCCACACUUUAGAGAUCUUUCAAUUGGUGCUCAGCGUGCCCUUGUAGCUGAAAACAUGGGUAUUUGUUGGGAGCUACGAAAUGCCGCAUUUUUUUGGGGACAUAAUGCCCUCAAUCUUAUAGAACAGGAGGAGCAAACUGGCAUUAGUAUAAACAUGAAAACAUAUAUACUUCAAAUGAGACCUGAUGCUAUGUCUUUACCACCGAUGAACUACGAUUUCUAUUACAGUGUUCCCUGGAUGAAGGUUACUCAGGCCCAGCAGGAUCACAAGGAACUAACGAGAGAAAUUGGAAAAACUCUUGUAGGUAUGGAUGUUAGAUUGUUUCCUUUACUCUUCGCUAUUUCCUUCUUUAAUCUGGAGGAGGACAGUCCGGCAUACAAAACCUUUAGCGCAGCAGAUAUACAAAUCAUUAAGACGGUUCAGCAGCGUCUCCUUAUCAUCUAUAAACGGUUCAUCAAACAUCAGGCUGGAUGGAAGCGUGCCAGCCAUAUUCUUCUCACUCAAAUCUGCCUUCUUGUCAAGUUGAAGAAGUGUGUCUCCAUUUUUGUCCAGGAGAAGGAAAAAUCUGCCGCGCUAUUCGCGCAAAUGAUGAAACAUUCAGCUGACAGCGACCCCAAGCAAAACGUAGAAUCAGAGUCGGCCCAGGCUAGUGAUACGCAUAAGGAGGCUUCAUCAGUCAGGUCAAUUGAAGCCUCCAAUGAGUCAGCCUGUGGAUCUAGUACUGCUACUGAGGCCGGAUUGUCAGAAGUAACUAUGGAGGCCGUCGGUUCAAAAGAUUCUGCUUAAUGAAAAAUAAAGUGAUUGUCGUUGUAAUUUCAAGUGAUCUUUAAUCUUUAAUCUUUGAAGAGGCGUGCUCGUUUUACAACGCUACCCUGUAAGCUUUUUCUGAAUAAGAAUUGGAGAAAUGUCGUCGUAUUUCUAGAUUAAAAAGUGUUUAAUUCUUACAUUUUUUACUCCCGUAAUGUUUGUUGACAAAGGAACCAAAAUUGAAGAGAAAAAAACUUUAAAGGGAAUAUGGUCGAUAUUUCAUGCAUUCUUACUAAAGCAAAGCUUUUAAAUGUGCCGUUUUAAAUCGUACAUGCCACUCUAUAAAUGUAGACUCACUUUGAAUAACGUCUAUAGUCUCUUUAAUGAUAAAUUAUUAGACUACUAAAGGUUGUGGCUGUAUAUUUAAUAUUCCUUUCAAAGCUUUUAUUCGAAAAGAAUCUCCUAAAAGGUGAAGUUUUUACUUAACUGUUGUUCCAAAGAUUGUAUUUGUUCUGAAUAAGAUCAAAGUAAUAUUAUCUUAAAUGUUAUAUUUCUGGUGCUUUUUCCAGCUUUUGUUAUUCUUCUAAUCAUGUUUAAAAUAAUCUAAUUGUCAGCGUUUUCUAUAAAUUUUAUGUCAUCAUGUUCCCCAUAUUCUUACCGUUAAAACUGAAGAAUCAAAUUAUUCUAGAAUCAAAUGUUAAUUAUAGCAUUUUUGUAUUUUUCAGAAGUUUAUCUACUUCUGUGAUUUAAGGUUGGGCAUUAUUUUCUCUUAUUAGAACAGUAUAUUUUAGCUUUCUGUAAAAGAAUAUCGAAAAAUCAUAAAAAUUAAAUUAAAAAUGUUUCAAAUCGAACUGGUUCUGAUGCCCGCCUUAUUGCUUAUAAAGAGCUGAUUCCACAUUUCCUGACAAUGUGCGAUGAACUCUGAGGCGCAUGUGCUUUGACGUUUAACGGUUAAUGUGAAGCAUUUGGUUCAUUAUAAAAAAUGUAUUCGUUUUCACAUUUUACAUGUUUUUAAAACAUUGUUUACCUUCGUCCUGUGUGAUCAUAUUGUGAUUCAAAUGGUCUGGAAUUCUAAAGAUCUCUUUAAAUAUCAGUUUUUUGUAAUUUGUUACAUAUUUAAUGUACUCUAAGAGCUACACCACCAGUGUUAUAAUUACAUAUCAGUGUUGUCAUGUUGUGCAAUAAAUUUUAUUUUAUUUUUUCA